AUGUCGAACAACAAUUCUGACGAUGAGAACGGGAGUCCAGAAGCAGCAAUCUUGUCUUCCUCUCCUCCGAGAAACACGAUUGAGUUGAAAUCUAUGAGAAACAGUACAGCGACGACGAAUAGUCUGCAGCAACAACCCGAACAACAGCCUCCUAAAGCCUCUCCGACGCAACAACAACUAUUCAUUGGUCAUCAACAUCAUCACGGACAAAGACAACGAUCUCUAUCUUCCUCUCUCCAUCAUCAACACCAUCAUCACCACCACCACCAUGCACCGAUUCGGAGCCAUGCCAAUAUCCAUUCAAGACCGAAUGUACAUUCAUCGAGUGGUGGAGGUGGCUCGAGAAGCCUCUCAAGAAGUUCUUCUCCGACCAAUGGGCUUGUCGGCACAAAGAAGGAAUCGUCUGUUUCAAAUUCCUCUUCUUCUUCUUCACCUGCCAUGAAUAAUGAUUCACCUCGAAUUAUUCAAUCAUUGUAUCUGCAUCAGUUGCAUCAUAAUGAUGUCGGAGCGAGUAUUAUAAUCGGAAAUCAUAUAGUGACACCUUCAGCACCCAAUGUUGGAGGAGCAGAGGAGGAAGAGGAAACCAUCAUGAUGGAAGAUGUCGAAAGACAACAUCAAGCCGGAAUUAGAGAAGAAGACUCUCGAAUUCAUCAAAAUAGUUCUCGAACUCAUCAUUAUCAUCAUGGAGCUCGCCAAACACAUCGUCACUCUUCGCGGCAUCAUCACUAUUCUCACAAGCACCGAAAACAUUAUUUACAUCCUCGGCAUUACAGUAAAAAAGGUGGUGUGAAGAAUGGACAUGCAAGUGAGGAAGAAGAGGAACAGGACGAAACUGGUGACUAUACGACCGAUUCACAGGAUAAUAUUUCAGAAGUGAGUUCAUUGGCCUUAUCAGUCAUGUCCAACACAGACUAUGCAGAAAGUAGAAAUUUUCGAUUCAUUGACGAUGGUUCUAAUGGAUUGGAGAAUGACAAGCGACAACAUUUUGGAUCUGUUGUCAGCUUUUUAUUUGCUGCGAUUGGAUCAAGUGAUUUUGGGAAUUCCUUAACCUUACUUGAAUUUUCUUUGGGAACCAUGGCACGUAGAUCCUCAAUUUUGUCUGUCUCUAAAUGGAACAGAAGAGCAUGUGGUGUGGGACUUGCAAUGUCAAUAUUUGGAAGUCUUCUUAUUCUAAGUUAUUACAACGUUAUUCUCAGUUGGGUGUGUGUUUAUUUUGUAAAUCUGUUUCAAGAAAGCCUGCCCUGGAUUGGAGCGGCAGAAGAGUUUUUCAAUUCCAAAGUGUUACUCAAAUCAGCAGGUCCUACCACCCUCUUUAGCAACUAUUCUUCAAAUUUCUUCAACGGCGUGAGCAGUAUCAAAUUUGUUGUUUAUAUUACUGUUCCACUGCCAAUUUGCUUACUAUUCAUUUAUCUCAUGAGAACGUUACUUUUUGAGGUUGGAAGUAGCACUGGACUCUAUUACUUUUUCAAACCGGAUUUCAAUGUACUGCUUAAAACAGAGAUUUGGCUUGCAGCAGCUGGGCAAGUGUUCUUCAGCAUUGGAGUUGGCAAUGGAACCAAUCUUACAUUGUCUUCCUACCUUAGCAGAAAAUCAAAUAUUAUCAUGGCAUCGAUUGUUGUGGUUGUUGCCAACUGUUUGAUUGCCUUCAUUAGUGGUUUUACCAUUUUCAGCAUUUUGGGAGUGAUGGCUCACGAGAAAUUUGGUGCCAAUGUUGGUAUUGAUAGUGCGUUUGCAUGUGUCGAAACUGUAGUUAGUGCAGUAAUGGAUCAUUUCUCAAUGAAGUGGAAUUUGAAAAUUAAUCGAUGGAAAUACGUUCGAAAAGUGUACAUGGAAAAUUUCCACGGAGCCGACGCUGCUGUGGAGCAGUCUCAAAAGGAACAACAGAACAUGGGAAGUGAUAUCAUUUCUCAAUCUCCAACAGAGCAAAUUACUGAGUUUCCUACGUUUGAUACAGCCGAUAAUCAUGAUCUGUUACAUGAAGAAAACGUUCCAGAAAUGCCCUUCUCCUACAAGCUUUUAACCAAUAGAAAUGUAGUUGUUUUUUUGGUGUGUCUAUUGGGAUUCAUACUUGGAAUUCCAUUCACAUUAAGCAAUGGAUACUAUUUAAUUCGAAUUGUGGAUCACUACGUUUCUAAUUAUUGCCUUGUCAUGAUGGGUAUUGCAGAAUGUAUUGUCGUGGGCUAUUUUGCUUAUGGUUCAAAAUACUUCGAAAAUAAGGCAAGCGCUCUAGAAGAACCUACUGUCAUUUCCAAAUUACAGGAAAUCAUUUCUUCCACGAAUGAGACACAUGAUAUUUCAGAGAAAUGGGAAAAAGAGCUCAAUCGAAUGAUUGACCCCAACGAUGAAGAAGCAAUUGUGUCACAAGUUCUCGAAAACCACUCCUCAUGGAGAGCCAAGAUUAUUUCCAAAUGCAAAGUCAUGCUGUCACACUUUGUGGUAUUUUUCAAGUACCUCAUUCAAUUCCCUAGUUUUUUGAAAGCAUUCAACAAAUUCAGACAAUCUCCUGCUGAGUAUUGGAAAUGCUUCUUUUUCUUCUCUAUUGAGCGUUUCAAAAAUCACAUUGUUGCUAAAAAGAAGAAAAUUAUUGAAAAAUAUCCACAAGAAGAGCCCACAGAAGAAGAAUCUGGAUGCCUUAGUGACAACUCAAUUGUUUAUCGAUUGAAUGAGAGAAGCACCAACAACACCACCCAACAACCACAACAUGUCCGUCACCAAGAUGGAUCUCUCCAUUGCGGAGAAGAAGGCCUACGACUUUUGGUUCGUCAAGAAGAAGCCAAACGUUGGAUUGAAGAACUCGUACAAGAAAACCUUCCACCAGGAACAGCAAACUUUGGUGAAAACUUGCGAGAUGGUAUCUUCUUGGCCAAGUUGGGAAAGAUCUUUGCUCCAAGUGCCAUCAAGAAGAUUAACACACCAAAGAGUGGAAGUGUGUUGGAAUUUAUGGCUGUCGAUAACAUUACUCAAUUCUUUGAAGCUUGUAAGAAGGUGAACUUUCCUGAUCACUAUGUGUUUGAGGUCACUGACUUGUGGGAACUCAAGAACAUUUACAAAGUCGUUCACUGUCUCCAUACCCUCUCUCUCCACUUGUAUCGUAAUGGUCUCGCCAUUCGUAUGCAGAACUUACAAAAGGCCAACUUGAAAUUCUCUCGUGAGGAAAUUGAAAAGACUCAAAAGUUGAUUGAAGAUAUUGCCGAUAAUGCCAUGGCUUUCCCAGUCGAUAUUGAAGAAGUUGGAGAUGAAGGAACUGACUCUUCGAUGGAUGAUGUCUUGGAAGAUUUGGCAGAUCCUUCCAUGUGUGAUGCCGAGGAGAUGGUCUCACACGAGCUGUUGCUGGCGUUGAAGCUUCGUUUACCAUUACAGCUCGUGAUUCAGAUGGUCAAUGUGAAUUUGGAAUCGUCAAGUGCUGAAAGUGGAAACAGUGAUGCAGCUGCUGCUUCUCAUGAACGUGUUGUCAUCCAAGCUCAAGUUAAGAAUAAUAACGAUGGUACUUACUCAGUAACUUAUACACCAGAGAAGGCUGGUCAAUACAGAAUGGAAUUGGUCUUGUGGGAUGAAGAGACUCAAGAAGAAGUUGAUCAAUUGUCAAAAGUCUCUCCUCAAAAUGUCACUGUCUUGUCAAAUCCAAAAUCAGACCCAUCCAAGAGCGUUUUAGAUGGAGCUGGUAUUGGUACAGCUGUUGCAGGUGUUAAAACUGAAUUCACCUUGACUUCAUUUGAUAAAUAUGGCAAUUUGGGUCGUGGUGGAGAAAAGUUUACUGCAAAACUCACCUCCGGUUCCGAAGAAGUUGAAUGUGACGUUGAAGAUUUGGGACAAGGAAAGUAUCGUUUCUCUUACGUGUGUCCAAAGAGCGGUGACUACUCAUUGAAUGUGAAAUUGGAAGAUGUUGAUGUUGCCACCAAGACUGUUGUCGUGAAGGAUGCUGGUAUUUCUGAUCCUUCUCGAACUGAAUUCAGUGAUAUUGACUCUGUUUUGGAUAAGAAAGCUGGUGAAGUUUCUAAAUUCACAAUUCUCGCCAAAGAUAAGCACGGAAACGAUCGUUCCUCAGGUGGUGAAAAGUUCCAAGUUUUCCUUUUGGAUCCACAAACCAAUCAAGUCCAUCUCCAAGCCGAUGUGAGAGAUUCCAACGAUGGUAAAUAUCAUGUGGAAUAUACUGCCAACACAAGUGGAAAGUAUUUGUUGCAAGUGAAACUCGGAGACGAACAAGUCACCAGUAAGAAUGUUUCCAUUCACGAUUCUGGUGUGACUGAUCCCUAUCAAACCACAUUCAGAGCUGCUGAAAAUUACAAACAUUUCCCAGCUGGUUGCCCUCUCCAACUCCAUGUCGAAGCAAGAGAUCGUUUCGGAAACAAGCGUGAAACUGGUGGUGACACUUUUAUUCUCCAAUUCACAUCGAAGGCUACUAUGGAAACAAUUUCUGGAGAUUUGAUUAAAUUCAAUGAUAACCAAAAUGGUGAAUACACCUUCGACUAUACCAUUGAACAAUCUGGUGAAUAUGGAAUGGAAGUUUUGUUGAAGGAAAAUGUUGAUUCUCGUUCUGAAGGUGGUAAUGAUUCAACAUCCUUGUUGAAGGCUUUCUUGAGAAAGUACAAGUAUACCAACAUUCCAGGAUUCCCGUCCACAGUUUUUGUGGACGAUAGUGGUCGUACAGAUCCACAACGAACUCAAUUUGCUGGAGAUGGUGUUUCCAAUGCUGUUCAAGGAAAAGAAUCCGAAUUUGUCAUCAAGACUAGAGAUAACUUUAACAAUAUACGUCAAACUGGUGGUGACAAGGUAGAGGUCACUGUUUCCAAUGAAGCCAGAAAGAUUGAUAUUGCUGCUUCUGUCAAGGACAACCAAGAUGGUACUUAUACUGUUGUUUACACACCAAAGGCAUCUGGAAAGACCAAACUCAUUGUCAAAAUUAAUGAUGUUUUAGUUGAUAAUGAUAUUUUGAGAGGUGGUGUAUUCGUUUCUCCUCCAAAUAUUGAAGAUACAUCCAUGCUUGAUACCAUUUUGGAUCAUGACUUAUUGUCUGCCUUAUUGAACGCUUUCAAGGUUGAAAAUGAUUCUGACAGUUUGAUUGAAAAGAUCCAAAAACUCCGUGAGGAACUCAUCAAACAAAUCAGAGAGAACACUCGUAUUGAAGAAAAUGUUCGUGACAAGGACAGAAAGAUUGCAUUACUCGCUGAAAAUAGAUACGAUGCUGAAACUAUUUUGAACCAAAAGGGAGGUAUUGUCGGAUUCUUCCAAAGAAGAAAGCAACGUGCUGCUGAAGAAAAUGCAAAUGUUGACUCAAAGGAUAAGUUCAACAUUAAGGACUAUGUGGACUAUUACAGCAGCUUGUUCUACUUGCUUCAAACUAAUCCAAAGUAUUUGGCCAAGUGUUUGUUCUUGGUUCCAGCUCGUGACAUGGACCAAUUCAUGCAAACUGUCACACUUACCUUGUACGGUUAUGCUUUCUCUCCUCGUGAGGAAUAUUUGAUUUUGAACUUGUUCAACGAAACACUUGCUCUCGAAAUUCAAAACAGUUCCAUUGAUAACUUCUUGAAUAACAAUCCAGUGUUGAUCAAGUUGGUCGUUAACUAUUGCCAUGAACGUAUUCAAGGUAAACAAUUCUUACAAAAGGUUCUCUAUGACAAGAUUUUGGAACCAAUCAUUGAAGAGAAGGAUUUGAAUUUGAAUCUUAAUGCUGUGACAAUUUUGAAGGAAAGAAUUUCACAACAAGAAGUUGAAACUGGUGUCAAGAGUGACAUCAAUAUUAAGGAUAUGACUUACGAAAAGGCCAUGCAAGACGAAUAUGUCAGCAAGUUGGUUCAACAACGUACAAAGAAGAUGAUUGACAUUUGUCAAAGCGUCUUGGACACUCUCAAUGACAACAUUGCUGAAUUGCCAUAUGGUUUGAGAUAUGUCUGUAGACAAUUGAAGACCAUGCUCACCAAGAAGAACCCAGAAGCUCCAGAGGAAGAUGUCAACCGUGUCGUUUCCUAUUUAUUGUUCUUUAGAUUCCUUAACGGACCUUUCUGCGGCUGUGAUGCUUACAACUUGACCAAGAAGAAGAUUUCUGCAAGCAUGAGAAACAACUUGGCUUGGAUUUCAAAGGUUUUGAUGCGUGUCUCUACUUUCAAGGAAUUUGACAAGACCUUUGAUAUUCAUUUCUGUGUCAUGAACGAUUGGAUUCAACAAGCCAUUCCAUCCUUUGUUGAUAAAUUCUUAAAACCAGCCAUCACCAUUCCAGAGCCUGAGGAACAACUUGGAGUUCACCAAUAUAUUGAACUCACACAAAAGAAAUCUCCAACCAUCACCAUUACUUUGAAUGAAAUUGCUCAAACUCACAGUUUGUUAGUCAAGUUCAUGAACAGAAUUACACCAGAUGAAAAGGAUCCAUUGCGUGAAGUCUUAGAAAAGAUGAAAGAUAAGGUUCCAGAACAAGUGGAAGCAUCCAAGAAUGAAGAAAUUAGUUUACCACUUCAAGUUCGAACCAAUAUUGAGAAUUUGGACCUCGAAAUGAAACCAGAACAAAUUUACGAACUCACCAAAGAAUGUUUCCGUACCUUGUUGCGAAUUAUUACUCCACAACAAUUGGGUGACAAUGUUGCUGAGACCAUUGAAAAGGCAGACAAGUAUGCUGAUGAAUUAAUGAAUGCCAAGUCAUCAGAUGGAGCUCAACUCAAGAGAAAGGUCGAAGAUUUGAGAAAGCACUUACCAAAAUUGGUUGAAUCUGAAGUUCUCUCCAAAGAAAAUGGUUAUAGAAAGUUGUUGACAGAUAUUACUAAGGAAAUUCAAAACAGAGGAGAAGUUAGAAAGAAGCAAGUUCGUGAAUUAGAACGUCUCUCUGACAGCUUAAAGUCCUUAAAGGAACAUCAAACUUUCCUCAAAGAAAAGGACAAGAGUUUGGAUGACUAUGUGCAACAAACUCUUCGAAACUACUUUGAAGGCAAAAACAAGAGAAAACAAAAAUCAGGAAAGAAACAAGUCUACAAAUUCAGUUACGAACAAUUAUACGAAAAGUAUAAAGUUAUUGCCGAAAUGACAGAAGGAGGAGUUUUGAAGAAGAAGAUCAAAUUCCACAUUAGUAUGGAUGAAGCCAAUCCAGGUUUCUUCACAGUGGAAGCUAAAUUGGCUGGUGCUGAAUUGAAGACCAUUAAUUUGAGAUUGGACGAACUUUUGGAUAAGCGAGGAAAAGGUGAACAAUUGCUCAAGCUUGAUGGUGUUUCGUUGAAUGUUAACAUGACCAUUCACAUGAUGAACAAACUCUUUGCUUCCAAGUAA